AUGGGUAACCCUGACAUCAAGGUCGACCCAAUGGACGCGAUGGACUCUUUGUCGGACCCGGCAGAUCUUGACCUCGAUGUCUCGGUCGAAUCCACGCCCUCCCCCAAUGCCAGUCAACACACGCAGACCACGCCUGCGAACUCGAAUAGCUCAAACACUCAGGGAUCCUCAUCGGCUGCUCGCCGUCCGCCUCGCAAGAGCACUCUGACGCAGCAACAAAAGAACCAAAAGAGACAAAGGGCCACACAAGAUCAACUGGUGACAUUGGAGAUGGAAUUCAACAAGAAUCCCACUCCCACAGCUGCCACGCGUGAACGUAUCGCACAGGAGAUCAACAUGACCGAACGCUCCGUCCAGAUUUGGUUCCAGAACAGUCGUCGCCGCGCCAAGAUAAAGAUGCUUGCGAAGAAGAGCUUGGAGAACGGCGAGGAUUUGGACAAUAUCCCCGAAUCCCUGAGACAGCUGCUGGCCAUGCAGGCCAUGGAAUCCGGAAGACCAUUUCCUCGGCAGCUACUGCGACCAGGCGGGCCAAUGGCACAGUACGGUGGCGGAGCUAUGCUGAUGAAUGGUGAUCCCAGCGCUCAAGGCAAAGUUGUUAUCCAACAUUUCACCUGUCGAUCGUUGAGCAUCGGGACUUGGCGACGAGUCGGCCAGAACGCCAUGGAUCUGGUCAUUUUCUACUCGCCCGACAAGGCUUGCAUCACAUACUACAUCAACAACGACUCGGCUGGUUACAAGAUCGAAUUCCCCUUUGCCUUCAUCAAGAGCAUUCAGUUGGAACCCGGUGACACGGCGCCCACUGCCAAUGGAGCUCCACCGAGGCCAGGGGGCCUUGUCAUUGAGUUGAACAGGCCACCCAAUUUCUUCAUGGACUCCUCCAACUCGGGAGGCUUCUACCAGUGUGGUGACUUUACCGAGGACCAGCAAGCUUCUCAGAUUUUGGUUCACCACCUCGGAGGGCAUCCCAAGGUGCUGAGUGGCCAACUCGCCAAACUAGUCUCGCUGGAGUCUUUCCAGAAUCGACUGAACCCAUUCGACAUCAAUGCCAUGCCUGCUUCUGCACCAGUGUCGCCCAACAUGGGGAUCGUGCGGCCCGCGUCUCAACCCAACGUCCAAUUCGCGCGGCCUCAGCCUCCUCAUGUCGGAAUGUUCCAGGAACAAUUCGGCGUGCAGCAUCACCUUCACCCCGGACGGAUGCAUGCGGGCCACAAGCGACAGAGAAGUCGAUCUGUGCCCAUUGCCAUUGACUUUUCCAUGCUCCACGGGCCCAUGCCAACUUUCCAUAUUCAACAGCCCUCGCCUCAAAUGGCGCCCGAUCAGCACAACCUGUUCCAGCCCAUGCCACAACACCCUGUCCAGGCUCCUCUUGGACCUACGCUGCAGAUCGAUACAUCGGCCGGAUAUGGCAUGGACUUCCGUCAGAUGCCCAUGUCUGCCACAGCUACAUCACCGUCGGAAUUUGCCAGCCCUGGCUUCUUCCCGUCGAACCCCGCUCAACCGCCCAUGUCCACAUCUGAGUUUGGGACGCCACAGCAAUUCAGCGCGCCAUUCUUGUCACCUUCUCCCAUGGUUGACCAUACGAUGAUGCCUAGUUCAGUGUCACCUAUGCCACACAUGGGCCAUCCGGACCCUGUAAUUGCCGACCAUUCGCCACCGUUGUCAGCUUUGCACCGAAGCGCAUCGGCAGACAUGUUCAACUCGCACGGCAUGAUGGACGAGACGUUGAUGCUGGGGGAGAUGUAUUCGAAGCAGAAUCUCAACAUGCCCAUGCCUAGUCCAGGGCUGGAUGAGAAUGGCAUGCUGUUGAUGAACGACAUGUCAGAUUUCCACACGCCUCGCGAACACAUGGACAUGCCGAUGACGCCGUUUGGCACCGUGGACCCCCACGCCCUACAAGCUGGUCUCCAUCACUGA